AUGAAGUCAAUAUCAAAAAUUCUGUUAGCAUACAUUUUAAUAUACAAACUGGAAAACAUUUCAACGUUCGAUGACUCAGAGUACGUUGAACCAUCAACACCCUUUUACACAAAGAAGCUGGCAACACUAAACCUCUAUGACCGCAGAACAACUGCUCAAAUACAAUACACAAACGACAUGGAAAGUAACGAGCACAUAUUCGUGCCAAAGGAGGGUUUUGAGAUUUGGGAAGUGGUAUUUGUGGGCCCUCAACUGAGUGAGUUCAACGAGAAGAACAGGUGGAGGUCGGAAAACUCUUCAACAACUGCGGUUAAGGUUGUAGAGAAGGCCACAGAGGCCAAAGAUGUCCACGUGGAAAUAUACCUGAAAAAUGGGAACACAAUCUCGUUUUUCACCUACACGGUCAAAGAGCAAAAACAAGGCCGAGAUUAUAUGAUUAAAACCACAACCACCCACCAAAAAAACAAGACAAACAACGGCUACAAAAUCGUAACAACCAGCAAAUGCAUAGUUGGCGUGGAUGUACAAUUUCAAAAAACCUUUUGGACAUUUACGUUAACGUGUGCAAUGGCUUGCAUGUUCAUAGUGACUUAUGUGCUGUUCAUGAAUAAAAAACGCAUAAAAAAACCAAAACACAAAAAUAAAGAGUCAAACAAAGAAAAAUAG